GCGGAAGUGCCGCGCUCAUUUCCGGUUGGUGCGCAGCGGUUGCGGGUUGGAGCUGCUGAAGCCGGGCUGGAACCAUGCCUCGCAAGAUUGAGGAGAUCAAGGAUUUCCUGCUGACGGCGCGGCGGAAGGACGCCAAGUCUGUCAAGAUCAAGAAGAACAAGGACAAUGUGAAGUUCAAGGUGCGCUGCAGCCGAUACCUCUACACCUUGGUCAUCACUGACAAGGAGAAGGCUGAGAAGCUGAAGCAGUCCCUGCCCCCAGGUCUGGCCGUGAAGGAGCUGAAAUGAGCUGGGAUCAGCUGGGUACCUGUUGGAUUCUCUGUGUUUGUUAAAAUAAAUAAAAAACCGUUCCUGGUGUCA